GGGCGCGGGGCGGCGCGGCCGGAGCCCGGGGCGCGCACUCGGCCCGGCUCGGGCCCCAGCAUGGCCGAGCCGCUGCUUAGGAAAACCUUUUCCCGCCUUCGGGGCCGGGAGAAACUUCCCCGGAAAAAGUCGGACGCCAAGGAGCGCGGCCGCCCAGCCCAAUGCCCGGAGCCCAGCCCUCUGGAGUCAGAGCCCCAGGUCUCAGAAGCAUCCCAGAUUGCAGCGGAGGGGCCCCCCAGCCCUGAGGCAUCUCGGAGCCCUGCUCGGGGGGCCUACCUGCAGAGUCUGGAGCCCAGCAGCCGCCGAUGGGUGCUGGGAGGGGCUAAGCCCCCAGAGGACGUCACUCUGGGGCCCGGAGCACCUGGCGGCGGGGAGUCUGCUGGCGAGAUCUGGUACAACCCCAUCCCUGAGGAAGACCCCAGACCCCUGGGGCCUGAGUCCCCGGGGCCACAGCCAGGCUCAGCUGAUCCCGAGGGCCCCAGUGCACAAGGUGCAGCCCCCGCCAGCCCCCCACCCAAAGCCUCCCGCACCAAGUCCCCCGGCCCAGCCAGGCGCCUCUCCAUGAAAAUGAAGAAACUACCGGAGCUGCGGCGCCGCCUGAGCCUGCGGGGCCCCCGGGCCGGCCGAGAGCGUGAAAGGGCGGCCCCUGCAGGCUCCGUCAUCAGCCGCUACCACUUAGACAGCAGCGUGGGGACCCCCGGGCGGGCGGCAGUGGCAGGUGGUGCCCGGGGCCUGCGGGCGGGUUACCUCAGUGACGGUGACUCACCUGAGCGCCCAGGGGGACCCCCAUCACCCACCGCCUUCCAGCCCUAUGAGGUGGGCCCGUCAGGCCGGGCACCCCCAGCCGCACUUUGGGGCCGCCUCAGCCUGCACCUAUACGGACUUGGGGGACUGCGGCCGGCGUCCGGGGCCACCCCAAGAGACCUCUGCUGCCUACUGCAGGUGGAUGGGGUGGCCCGGGCCCGAACAGGGCCCCUGCGCGGAGGUCCAGACUUCCUGCAGCUGGACCACACCUUCCACCUGGAACUUGAAGCUGCCCGGCUGCUGCGGGCCCUGGUCCUGGCAUGGGACCCUGGUGUGCGGCGGCACCGGCCCUGUGCCCAGGGCACCGUUCUACUGCCCACAGUCUUCCGAGGAUGCCAGGCCCAGCAGCUGGCCGUGCGCCUGGAGCCCCAGGGCUUGCUAUAUGCCAAGCUGACCCUGUCAGAGCAGCAGGAAGCACCGGGCACGGCUGAACCCCACGUCUUCGGGCUGCCCCUGCCACUGCUGGUGGAGCGGGAACAGCCCCCGGGCCAGGUGCCCCUCAUUAUCCAGAAGUGUGUUGAGCAGAUUGAGCGCCGAGGGCUGCGGGUAGUGGGACUGUACCGUCUGUGCGGCUCAGCAGCUGUGAAAAAAGAACUUCGGGAUGCCUUUGAGCGGGACAGUGCCGCGGUCUGCCUCUCCGAGGAACUGUACCCCGAUAUCAAUGUCAUCACUGGCAUCCUCAAGGAUUACCUUCGGGAGCUGCCCACCCCACUCAUCACCCAGCCCCUCUACCAGGUGGUGCUGGAGGCCAUGGCCCAAGGGCCCUCAAGCAGGGCUCCCCACAGCACCGAGGGCACCCGUGGGCUCCUCAGCUGCCUGCCCGAUGUGGAGAGGGCCACGCUGACGCUUCUCCUGGACCACCUGCGCCUUGUCUCCUCCUUCCACGUCCACAACCGCAUGACCCCGCAGAACCUGGCCGUGUGCUUCGGUCCCGUGCUGCUGCCGGCUCGCCAGGCGUCCGCAAGGCCCCGCACCCGCAGCUCUGGCUCAGGAGUCGCCAAUGCUGUCGACUUUAAGCGCCACAUCGAGGUGCUGCACUACUUACUGCAGGCUUGGCCAGAUCCCCGCAGGUCUCCGGAGACUCCAGAAGUCGCCCCGUACCUACGGCCCAAACAACAGCCGCCGCUGCACUUGCCGCUAGCGGGGCCCGAAGUGGUGACUCGGCCCCGCGGCCGGGGCGGUCCCGAGAGCCCCCCGAGCAACCGCUAUGCCGGUGACUGGAGCGUUUGUGGCCGGGACUUCCUGUCCUGUGGCCGGGACUUCCUUUCUGGGCCGGACUAUGACCACGUGACAGGCAGCUACAGCGAAGACGAGGACGAGGAGGCGGCCGAGUCCGCGGGAGCUGCAGAUUUCGAAGACGACUUCGAGGCACCCUUCAAUCCGCACCUGAACCUCAAAGACUUUGACGCCCUCAUUCUGGACCUGGAGAGGGAGCUCUCCAAGCAGAUCAACGUGUGUCUCUGAGCCUGGCGGGGCAGGAUCUCGGUUACUAAGGACCGGGCUCCUGGUUGCUAAGGCAAUGCGCUGACCUGUCGCUCAGGCCUCGCUCCUGGUUGCUAAGGAGUUGCCUAGCGACCAGCGGCCUGUUGCUGCGAAUCGGGCCUUGUUUCCAGCGCUCAGUAUUUGGGCACUGGUUGCAAAGGCAGAGGAAGCGAUUUUUGCGGCCAGCUAUCGUGGCCAUCCUUCCUGAGUGGCAAGGACGUCUCCCUUUUCUGCCAAAGGCCAGUUCUCCCGCUUGCUGGGCUGGCCUCUCUUGCCUCCCUUUAGCGAGGGAACCGCCAGUUACUGUGAGCAUCACCCUGGGAUGGUGAGACACCCCGAGUCAGUCCUCUUGCUGCUGCCAACCAAAUCAGUAUUAGCUUUGAGCACUGCACUCUGCUUCUCUCUCGAGGCCUAUUAAGGGAUGCUGCUUGGGGUGCGGUGGGAGGAAGCCCCUAUCCUGUGCACCAAUGGAUAGGAGCAGCCUGGGACUUAACAGAAAAACUGCUAGUUUCCCCCACCCUCUUUUCCAGGGAAAACCCCGUGAUCGGCCCAAGCCCGCAAAUGGAGAUUGCAGAGUCUGACCCUUGCCCUUCCCAAUUGUUCCUCCCCACCCACGAAGAAACAGCACUUAUAUGACCUCCCUUUAGGAGGGGCCCCACCUGAAGUGUCAGGCUGGGGGCACUUUGGUACGGAACAUAUUUAUUGCCUCCAUGCGUGAGUGUCCGUGUGUGAGGACUAGUGUGCAUGAACACGUCUGGAGUGGGCAUGUGGGGCUCUUUGAGGGACCACAGAGGGGGGAAGUGUCCACAGUGCCCAGAAACCCAGAAAUCCCCAGUACUGGUGCCCCACAGGCCCCAGAGUUCCCGUGUGAGAGUAGGGUCCCCUCCUGUCUCCCCCUUUUAUUCACUUCCAUCUUUGGGACAAUAAAUCAAUAUGCACAGA